AGGGCUGGAACCGAGCAGCGCGGACUACAAUUCCCACAAUGCUCGGGGCCGUGUUGGCUGGGAAGAAGGGGGGCCUCAGGUGUCUGCGACCUCGGAGCCUCCAGCCCGGAAGUGCCGGAGGGGCCGAGAUGGAGCUGGAGGAGCUGGGCGCUCGGUAGCAGGCAAGUCAGGUGCCAUGGCUUUGAUUGAAGGGGUGGGUGAUGAGGUGACUGUCCUCUUUGCGGUGCUUGCCUGCCUUCUGGUGCUGGCCCUCGCCUGGGUCUCAACACAUACCACGGAGAGCACAGACCCCCUGCCGCAGCCAUCAGGGACCCCAACACCGGCUCAGCCUAGCGAAGCCAUGGCAGCCACUGACAGCAUCAGAGAAGAGGCCCCAGGGGCUGAGACCCCCAGCCUGAGACACAGAGGUCCAGCUGCUGCACAGCCAGAGGCUGGCACAGGGGUCACAGCAGUGCCACCACCUCCGGACUCCCCACAGGAACCCCUAGUACUCCGGCUGAAAUUUCUCAAUGAUUCUGAGCAAGUGGCCAGGGCCUGGCCUCACGACACCAUUGGCUCCUUGAAAAGGACCCAGUUUCCUGGCCGGGAACAGCAAGUUCGACUCAUCUACCAAGGCCAACUGCUAGGAGACGACACCCAGACUCUGGGCAGCCUUCACCUCCCCCCAAACUGUGUCCUCCACUGCCACGUGUCCACGAGAGUCGGUCCCCCACAUCCCCCCUGCCCACCGGGGUCCGAGCCAGGCCCCUCCGGGCUGGAAAUCGGCAGCCUGCUACUGCCUCUGCUGCUGCUGCUGCUGCUCCUGCUCUGGUAUUGCCAGAUCCAGUACCGGCCCUUCUUUCCCCUGACCGCCACCCUGGGCCUGGCCGGCUUCACCCUGCUCCUCAGUCUCCUGGCCUUUGCCAUGUAUCGCCCAUAGUGCCUCCUCGGGCUCUGGGCAGUGUGGCUGGCCCCUCUGGACCUCAGUCCCCAAGGCAUGGUGGGCGCUGCUGUCUGCCCAGGCCCACCGCACCCACCUGCCUCUUCCCACUACCCUGGAGCCCAGCCUUGUGCCACAGAGGACUCCAGGGCCUGGCGGAGGCCCCUCCCUGUGACCUCCAUGACUCUGGGCCACGUGGGGCUGCUGGCCCUCAGCCCUCGCUGACAGUGGGCCGGUCUGGAUCACGCACCUGCUGUCGGUGCCUGGGCCCUGGACAGAGCCAGGCCACCCCACUGGGCCCAUCUUAGUGUGCUGCCAGAGGACCUACGAGGUGCCAAGCUGCCUUGGGGACCCAUGGGGUGGGAGACAGGUGAUGGGGAGUUGAGAGGGACAGAGCUGUUCUUGGAACAUGUGCAGAUUAAAGAAACUGUGACGUUUUCA